AAAUAUUGAGUAAGCUUUGCUCUUGAAUUACUGUACAAAAUUCAAAAAAAUAGAAUCACAAUACUUUGAGCUAAACACAAAAUUCUUACAAGUCACUCACAUCUUAACUGUUUUAGCCUUCCGCUAAGAUGCGGGGCACUGCCAAUUGGAUAAUAUGCUUGGGAUUGACCAUAGUUGUAUGGCUGGUCUUUCAUUAUUAUCAUUUCAUUGGGGCACAAAAUGAACCCAAAUCUGACAACGAACUUCAGGAAACGCUUUCGGAGAGCUGCAAAACAAGUUCUAUUGAUGUUUAUUUGCACUUCUUCUGGAUCUUUGCAUGCAUAUAUGCAUUAUCCAAGUUUACUGAACUAUCUGAACGUUAUCUAAGCGCCAAAAUCGCAUUCAAGGAGCGCAACUCGGAUAUUCGUGUUCUCAACGAAGAGUGGGAGAAGACUCUUAAACUCUACGAACAGGAUAAAAUGCAAUUGGAUUCUGAAUUAAAAGCAUUGCGCGAAAAAAACUGCGGAUUGGAGCAAUCGAUGCAGGAUUUACGGGAUUGCAAUCUGCAUUUGAUCAGUGAGAAUUUUAUGCGAACUGUGCUGCAGGAUCAACAGAUUCAGGGACUCGCACAACGUGUCCAGGAUCAGCAGCCAUCGAACAUAUACAUCACCAAUCGUCACAUCCACCUGACACGUCAGGUAUUUGUGAACGAGGGAGAUCUUGAUAUCGAUAUUGGUUCACGAACAGCCGGAGGACAGGAUUUUGAAACGUCAGAUAAAUCCUUGAACGUUUGGGUUCAAUAUCUUAAGAUGCGCAAGUGUUAUAUGGGACCCAUAGCUGAUCCAAAAUUGGUCUUUAAUGGCGAUCCGGAUCGAUUUCCACCAAUUGUGAUGACUACAGAGCAAUUGGCCAAAUUACAGGGCAUGAUCUAAUUCCACAAGACAAUAUUGCUGGAAAUAUUCAUGUCCCAAAAAUAUGCAUGUUGAAGAUUCCAUAAAAAUUACUGCACAAAAGGGAUUUUAUUUGAAUUAUUCAAAAUAAAUGGACUGUACAGCGUAAAUUUGUAACAAUU